AUGACGUCUCACAAAUCAUCAUCGCCAUGGACACAUCUGUUUACGGACUCAUAUUUGCAAAACCUAACUAUUCAAUGCCUUUGUUUCACAGGGGACAUCCCUAAUCGUUGCUCUCUUAGAGGGAGGGGCUUAUCUGGGGAGCCUCAACAACAUCAUGAUGCUGACAAGAAAGAGAAGAGUCUCUCCAGAUCAGAACACCUCAAGAAGCACCAGCAUAGAGGUACAGGGAAGAAACCUCAACACUGCUGCUCUGACUGUGGGAAGAGUUUGGCUAAACAGGACUUGACAAAUCAUGAGCAAAUUCACACUCUAGAGCAUGCAUCUAAUACCUUAAAAUCUCACCAGAGAAUUAAUUCAGGGGAGGGACCUUAUACCUGCUUGGAUUGUGGGAAAUACUUAAACCAGUCAGGAGCCCAGACUAAACACAAACACAAACACACAGGAGAGAAGCCUUAUAGCUGUGUUCAGUGUGGGAAGAGCUUCAGUCGAUCAGGAGACCUGACUACACACCAACUCAUACACACAGGAGCGAAGCCUUAUAGCUGUGAUCAAUGUGGGAAGAACUUCAAUCAAUCAGGACACCUGACUGCACACCAACGCAUACACACAGGAGAGAAGCCAUAUAGCUGUGUUCAGUGUGGGAAGAGCUUCAGUCGAUCAGGAGACCUGACUACACACCAACUCAUACACACAGGAGCGAAGCCUUAUAGCUGUGAUCAGUGUGGGAAGAGCUUCAAUCAAUCAGGAACCCUGACUGCACACCAACGCAUACACACAGGAGAGAAGCCUUAUAGCUGCGAUCAAUGUGGGAAGAACUUCAAUCAAUCAGGACACCUGACUGCACACCAACGCAUACACACAGGAGCGAAGCCUUAUAGCUGUGAUCAUUGUGGAAAGAGCUUCAGUCGAUCAGGAGACCUGACUCUACACCAACGCAUACACACAGGAGAGAAGCCUUAUAGCUGUGAUCAAUGUGGGAAGAACUUCAAUCAAUCAGGACACCUGACUGCACACCAACGCAUACACACAGGAGCGAAGCCUUAUAGCUGUGAUCAUUGUGGAAAGAGCUUCAGUCGAUCAGGAGACCUGAUCAAACACCAACGCAUGCACACAGGAGAGAAGCAUUAUAGCUGUGAUCAGUGUGGGAAGAGCUUCAGUCGAUCAGAAUCCCUGACUAGACACCAACUCAUACACACAGGAGCGAAGCCUUAUAGCUGUGAUCAUUGUGGAAAGCGCUUCAGUCGAUCAGGAGACCUGACUCUACACCAACGCAUACACACAGGAGAGAAGCCUUAUAGCUGUGAUCAUUGUGGAAAGAGCUUCAGUCGAUCAGGAGACCUGAUCAAACACCAACGCAUGCACACAGGAGAGAAGCAUUAUAGCUGUGAUCAGUGUGGGAAGAGCUUCAGUCGAUCAGAAUCUCUGACUAGACACCAACUCAUACACACAGGAGCGAAGCCUUAUAGCUAUGAUCAUUGUGGAAAGAGCUUCAGUCGAUCAGGAGACCUGACUCUACACCAACGCAUACACACAGGAGUGAAGCCUUAUAGCUGUGAUCAAUGUGGGAAGAACUUCAAUCAAUCAGGACUCCUGACUAUACACCAACGCAUACACACAGGAGAGAAGCCUUAUAGCUGUGUUCAGUGUGGGAAGAGCUUCAGUCGAUCAGGAGACUUGACUACACACCAACUCAUACACACAGGAGCGAAGCCUUAUAGCUGUGAUCAGUGUGGGAAGAGCUUCAAUCAAUCAGGAACCCUGACUGCACACCAACGCAUACACACAGGAGAGAAGCCUUAUAGCUGUGAUCAAUGUGGGAAGAACUUCAAUCAAUCAGGACACCUGACUGCACACCAACGCAUACACACAGGAGAGAAGCCAUAUAGCUGUGUUCAGUGUGGGAAGAGCUUCAGUCGAUCAGGAGACCUGACUAUACACCAAUGCAUACACACAGGAGAGAAGCCUUAUAGCUGUGAUCAGUGUGGAAAGAGCUUUGCUCGUUCAGGGUCACUGAUAAAACACCAGAAAGCACAAACAUGUCGUCUUUCAUCUCCCUUCUCUCUGGCACCGGUUCCAGAUCCCUAAAUAAAGUUUACAUAGAAAACAUCUUGUAAACAGUCAUCCAUCUCCCAUUCUCUAACACUUUAGUAAGUCUGAUUGCCAUGGUAACAUGUGUAGCAUAAUAUGCAGCUCUGGAUCCGUAUGUUACAAGCGUCUUGGAGUAGAAGUGCUGUGUGUGGUGGGGUGGGGGAGGAGGUGUUCAGAGCUAUCUUUUAAUUUAUGAUCUCAUAUUAUCCAUUAAAUAAUGUAUAAUAAAAUGUUUCACCAAUGGUAGGUGUAUAUUCAUGUGUGGGGGAAAUGUUAUCUGAAGAGAGAGCCUUGAAUUGUACUUGUCUCAUACAAUCAUUGGUUCCUGUAGGUAGAGUUAUGAGGGGAGACGGUCAUGACCCCCUCAGACCUUUUGGCAGAACGCUCAGAAUAUGUUCUAUAAGUUACAUGCAGGAACCAUAUGUUAAUGAUGAAUAAUGUAAAUCAUGCAAAUAUAACUUGUCUGUGUAAGCAGUAUAUAAGAGGACUAACGG